AUGGCCGAACCGCUGAACUUCAAACCCUACACACUCUCCCCACUCGACCAUAUACUGAUGCCAAUGCAUGCAUACUGGUUUCUGUCCUAUCACUUACAGGACCCUCGUGACGGGGCUGCCAUACUCAACCAAGGCCUAUCAUCCUUGGUUUCUCAAUGGCCAAACCUGGCAGGAAAUAUCACCAAAUCCACCACCAACGCAGACAAAUCCAACAUCUUAGAAGUGCACCCUCCGAGCCAGGCCUAUCUCGGCGAGGAGCUUCCCAUGCUCAUCACUCGCUACCAUCCAGACAAACCCAUUUCCCUCAUCUCAUCGUCCCCGGAGACGGUCUUCACCGAAGACUUCAUCCCAGGUGACCCCAAAAUCCCGACUUCGUACCCGACGUUUGCCCUCCGAUUUCAAGCAAACAUCAUGAAAGACGGGAUCAUCCUGACCGUAUGCUUUCACCACCAAUUCGUCGAUGGCUAUGGAAUUGUGGUGAUUCUACAAUCCCUCUCGCACUACUGUCAAUUUCCAACACCAGCAACAGAAGCCCCUCUGAUGUGUCCCCCGAGUGAUGCAUUCGGACGGGGCUGGAUUGCUGCAAAUUCCGCCUCGCGCCUUCAGAACAUGCCCGAUGAAUACGGGAGUUCCGGUUAUGCACAUAACCCUAAGCCCAACUACCCCGGGGAACUAUCUGUGAAUCGAAAAUACUCUCUGGACCCGGAGAAAAUCACCGUGCUGAAGAAUGCCUGCCUCUCCCUGCUCCCCGACCUUGUCGACAGUAUCCAGAGUUCAUCGGAAGCCAUGGACCCCCUGACCACCGAUGAUAUUGUCUCGGCACUGCUGUGGUUCUGUUGUAUGCGAGCACGAUUGGGGCCAUCCCCGACCCGGAACAACACAGCCGAUGGCUCAUUGCCGAGCGUUUCAUGCACGCGCAUCGUCGAGUCUCGCCGUCUGCUGCAUCCCACGUUGCUAAGGAACCACAUUGGGAACUGUAUCGCUCUGGCAAAGGCCGAUUGCACCGCCCAUGACUUGGAAUCCGCCCCGACCGAUUCAAAAGCCAUCACCAAAGCCCACAUCCUCACGCUUACCAAGCUCGCCUGGAAAAGUCGAACCGCAUGCCGAUCCAUCACUCGCGAAUACGUGCAAGGCAUCAUCAAUCAUGUUGCUGGGUGUUCAGACUGGAGUAGCUCGGUUAUGCUUCCACCCGAUGUUGCCAUUACAAGCCUACGGAAGAUGGAUAUCUACGGGUUUGAUUUUGGAUCCUUGCUAGGCAGGGUCGUCAGCAUCGAGGUGUUGGAGAACCGGCUGGAAGGGUAUUGCUAUAUUCUCCCGCGUCAUCCGGCCGGUUCGCCUGCCAUGAAAGAAGGGAAGUCGCUCUGGGAGGUACGGAUUGCUUUGAAGAAGGAGGCGAUCGAUCGACUUGAGCACGAUGAGCUGUUUUCAUGGGUUAGGACAUGCGACAGAGCUAGACUGUAG